GAGAUUUUUCCAUCAACAAGCGUUGAAGAAGUUGUUUGCGCCAAUUUUACCUCGCCAAAAGAUAUUAACAUAAUAGUUGCACGUUCAUCUAUAUUACAAAUUUACAAAUUUGUUGAACGACUUGAGAUUUCAGUAGAAGACGAAGAUAAUGACUUAGGUCAAGAAAUAGAAAAUGAGAAGGAUGAGACAUUUCUAUUGACACUCAAACCGGCUACAAAUCCGUCAUUCAUGACUGGCCAUCUUGAGCUUAUCUCACAGUAUAAGCUUCAUGGCAAUAUAACUUCUAUGGGAGUUGUGAGAACGAUUUCUUCGGGUGCAAAUGGUAUGGAUAGUCUGCUAUUAAGCUUUAAGGAUGCAAAGUUGUCACUUUUGGAAUUUUCAUUGGCAACUAACAACAUCGUCACGGUAUCUAUCCACUAUUAUGAGCGGGAGGAAUAUAAGCUAGAGUUUCUAGCAAAUACGCGUCCAACUGAAUUAAGGGUAGAUACAUCAAAUAGAUGUGCUGUAUUGAAUUUUUUUGGUGAUAAAUUGGCAAUUCUUCCUUUUCGUCAAGAAGAAGCUUUAAAUCUAGAUGAAGAAGAAGUUGCAAGCAAGUGGCCUUAUUACCCAAGUUUUGUCGUCGAACUGCCUUCCAUUCAAUCACGAAUUAAAAAUGUCAUAGAUAUGAAGUUCUUAUAUGAUUAUUAUGAACCGACUUUAGCCAUACUUUUUGAAUCAUGUCAAACUUGGCCGGGUAAAAUGAGUACAAAUAAAGACACUUGUUCUCUCGUCGUUGUGUCUCUAGACAUUUCACAAAAAGUAUAUCCAGUCAUAUAUUCAAUGGAUAAAUUACCACAUUCUUGUGUGAAAUUAAUUCCAAUUCAAAAACCUGUUGGUGGUAUCCUCAUUAUAACUGCGAAUGCGAUAAUUCAUGUAGAUCAAAGUUCUCCAGGAAUUGGUAUUACUGUUAAUGGAUAUGCAAUGUCCACAACAGAUUUUCCGCUUGAUCGUUCAUUCGAGCAUUUGGGUCUUUCUUUAGAAGGAUGUCAUUAUGUUUUCUUAGAUAAAGAUGAAAUUUUGCUCUUUUUACGUAAUGGAGACAUGUACUUAGUAAAAUUGAUAAAGGAUGGAAGAUCAAUAUCUAGGAUUACAAUAGAAAAAGUUGGCGCUAAUACGUUACCAUCAUGUGCUUGUAGCGUAGCGCCUGGUUAUUUCUUUUUAGGAUCACGGCUAGGUGAUUCACAUUUAGUUCAAUAUAAAGCUGCCAAAUCCAAUUAUACGACAAAUGGUUCUGUGAAUGAAUUAUAUGAAACUGAUACGACAAAUAGUAUAAAUAUUGGUAGCUUAAGCAGCAAAAUAAAUACUAAAUUUCCGACAACCUCUGAAUAUAACUUUACUAUAUGCGAUACACUUAUUAAUGUUGGACCAAUAGUGGAUUUGGCUUAUGGCGAAUUAGCAUUCUCUGAGGAAGAGUCACAUUUACAUACUGUGCGUAAAGAAUUGGAAUUAGUUUCUUGUUCUGGUUCCGGAACGGCUUCUUCGCUUUGUAUAUUUCACCGUAAUAUAAAUCCAAUAGUAUCAAGCUCUUUUCCAAUGACUGAUUGUUUAAAUAUGUGGACGGUAUCAUGCAAAGAUGUCAUAUAUCAAAAUAUGAAUAUCGAUACUGAAGAUACAGAAGAAUCUUUUCACAAAUUUUUAUUCAUUUCAAAAAAAUAUAGGACAAUGGUUCUUAUCUGUGGUGAAGAAUUACAGGAACUUGAGCAUUCUGAUUUUUAUACAGAUGGUCCGACUGUGGCAGUUGGAUCAGUAUUGAAUGGGUCACGUAUAUUACAAAUUUGUGGUCAUGGCCUCCUACUUCUUGAUCAAGAUGGAAAACUUGUGCAAAUGAUACCAACUCAAGAUGAUUCUGAGACGACAAGCUCAAUUGAAUUUGCUAGCAUUGUUGAUCCAUAUGUGUUGCUAUUAUUUGACACUGGUGAUAUUAAAUUGUUAAAGGCUGACGAUAAGUCAAAGAAUAUUGAUUUUUAUUCCCAGCCUUCGGUUAUUAACGAUAACCCUACUGCAUCGUGCCAUUUAUAUCGAGAUGAUACCGAUCUUUUUGCUCUUGUUAAGGACGUUACGGAUAUUUAUGAAAAUCGGCAGGAGAUCGGGGGUGAGGUAAAUGAAACGAAUCUAAGUGGUUUUGUUGAAAGUGUGAAAUCAGAAAGCUUUUGGUGCGUACUCUAUCGACAAGAUGGUUCCCUGGAGCUUCCUGAAUUUGAGGAGGUCUUUCAUUUCCCACAUUUUGAUUUGUCACCAACUGUUCUCAACGAUGUUAUAACGAGGCAAAAUAUGAAAACUUCUGGACAGACCGUGGACAUUCAAGAAAUUUUAUUAAUAAACAUUGGUCGACGAACAAAAGAACCAUAUUUAAUUGCACGUUCUAGUGUUGGCGACAUCAUGAUUUAUAAAGCCUUUCGAUAUAUACCCGGCACCGACAUAUCGGACCCUUUCUUAAAGUCACAAUCUCAAAGCGAGUUUACCGAUCGUCUAGCUAUACGAUUUUCGCGUGUCCAUCAGGAGUACAUAUCGCGUGAAACUAUAUUUAGUGAUAUCCAUGAUAAACCUGUAUCUAGAAGGACAAAUCUUCAAGAACCAAAUAUUGACGAAGUUGAUCAAACAAGUCAUGAUGUAGAGAAGCGGAGUCCUAUCCUUAAACAGAUAAAUCGACGACUGAUACCCUUCACAAAUAUUUCGGGUUACUCUGGUGUUUUUGUAACAGGUGCGAAACCUGUUUGGUUGAUUUGUGCGAAUAACAACUAUCUAAGAUUGCAUCCGAUGAACGCGGAAGGCGAAAUACGAAGUUUUACACAAUUUCAUAAUGUACAUUGUAGGCAUGGCUUUUUGUAUACUAAUACUCAGGACGUUUGCCGAUUGUCAGAGUUACCGACUGAUUUUCAAUAUGAUAUGGAAUGGACUGUGAAAAAAAUUCAAUUAAAUCGAUCUGUUUAUGGAAUCGAAUAUCAUCCGGAAAUGCAGGUUUACGCAUUGUUAACAUCGGUACCUGUUGAGUUUCUACUGAGGGAUGAAAAUGGUGAACCUUUAGAAUUUGAACGAGAUAGCUCUCAAGUUUUACCUGAAACCCAAAGAUUUACUCUUGAAUUAAUAUCUCCGGUCACUUGGGAAACUGUAGACAGGCACGAUUUCCAUGAUGAUGAACAAGGUCUAUGCAUAAAAUGUGUAAGCCUUCAAACAAAAUCUACUACUAGUGGUCGAAAAUCAUUUAUUGCUAUCGGUACUGGAAUUUUCCGCGGAGAAGACGUGGGCAUGCGAGGAAAUGUUUACGUAUUUGAAAUAAUUGAAGUUGUGCCGGAACCUGAUAAUCCGCAAACAAAUCACAAGUUUAAAUUGCUAUGUCAUGAAGAAGUGAAAGGUUCUGUUACUGCAAUUUGUGAUGUCAAUGGAUACUUGUUGACGUGUGUUGGACCAAAGAUUUUUAUUCGUGCAUUUGAAGACAAUGAUCGUCUUAUUAGUGUCGCGUUCAUAGACAUACAAAUUUAUGCUAGUAGUGUAGUAUCGAUUAAAGAUUAUAUACUGUUAGGUGAUGUCUACAAGGGUGAGGAACCGGCAAAACUAGUAUUGGUUGGUAAAGACUAUCAUUCUAUGGAAGUUGGUUGCACUAAUUUCAUAAUCGAUGAGCCUGUACUAUAUUUUGCUGUGGCAGAUAUGGAUAAGAAUAUACAUUUGUUUCAGUAUGCACCUUAUAAUGUACAAUCAUUUGCUGGUCAGAAACUCAUUCGCAGAGGUGAUUUUCAUGUUGGCGCACAAGUAAAAACGAUGUUAUCAUUACCAAAAAAAGAAUUGGCAAGAAGAGAACAUUCUAUUGAUCAUGGUAUACAUGUGAUGGAAGAGGAAACCAGUGGGCAUAAACAGCUUUGCUUAUGUGGAACUCUUGAUGGAAGUAUUGGUAUGAUAACCCCAAUACCUGAAAAGAUGUAUAAAAGAAUGCAAUUAUUGCACUCACAAAUGGUAAAUGGAAUACAACAUCCGGCGGGUCUUAAUCCUAAGUCAUUUAGGCUUAUGCAAUCUAAGCAACGACUAGCCAUUAAUCCAGCUAAAGGAAUUUUGGACGGAGACCUUUUAAUUCAAUUUCCAAAUUUAGUAUUACAUAGGCAACGAGAAAUGACCAAACAAAUUGGAACAACAAUAGAAAGGAUCUUGGAUGAUUUGUUAGUGUUGCAAGAAUCAUGCGACUAUUUCUAG